AUAGAUGCCUGAUGAAAAUCCACGGAAGACACGUAAAUAACGAGACGUCUCGAUUUCUUUUACCAAACUGAGAUUAACCCUUUAGAAACAUCAAAGGCUGCUCAGCGCUAUGAUCUGUUGUUGCGAUCAACCAUGCGCAGGCGCACUGUUGCACUCUUUAUAACCGAAGAAGACCAGGAAAAACAUGGAAAACAUCCACCAGCUGGACAGAAACAGCCCGUUUUCAGAAGAUAACCUGCACCCAAAUUUCUGCAGUGUUUUUCAGCCGCCGGAGGCUGAAACGAACCAAGAUGCUGACGUCCAGCAGAUCCUGCCGGUCAAAGCAGAAGAUCCUCAUGAAUGCAGCUCCAGUUUGGGCCAACAGGACCAGAACCCUGUCCUCAUAAAGGAGGAGGUGGAUGUUGUUCUGGUGAAGAGUGAAGAAGUUCUCAGCUGCAAUCAAACUGAAGACAGCAGAGACGCAGGUCCUCCAAGCAGCAGCUCAGCUCAACAGAUGAAACCGUCUGAAGAACCCGACCAGAACCCAGAUCCAAGCCGUUGUUCCCAACCUGCUGGAGGAGAGUCGGGCUCCUCUGAGACUGAUGUCAGUGAUGGAGACCGGCAGGAUUCUGGACCCGAGGCCGACAGCAGCGAGACUCCAAAGUCUGGAGACUUGGGUUCUGUUUGUGUUACCAGGUCAGGUCCAGAGGAACAUCAGAACUCUUCGUACGGCUGCAACGUUUGUGGCAGAACUUUUACACGGCGUCAAAGUCUGAAGAAGCACCUGACGAUGCACACUGGGGAGAAGCCGUUUGAAUGCGGCUUCUGCAGUAAGAGGUUCAGACAGCAGGUGGUGCUGAAGGAGCACCUGAGGAUCCACACCGGGGAGAAGCCGUUUGUCUGUGACGUCUGUGGAAAAACCUUCACCCAGAACUCGUCCCUGAAGUCCCACCGGCCGGUCCACACCGGAGAGAAGCCCUUCAGCUGCUCCGUCUGCGGGAAGCCCUUCAGCCUGGAGAACAACCUGAAGAGACACCUGAUGGUGCACAGAGACCAGAAGGCCUUCAGCUGCCACGUUUGUGGAGAAGGCUUCACCGAGAGCGGCAGUCUGAAGCGCCACCGCCGCAUCCACACCGGAGAAAAGCCCUACGUCUGCGGCGACUGCGGAAAGGCGUUCAGCCGCGGUACGCAUCUGCAGAGACACAAGCGGGUCCACACCGGAGAGAAGCCGUUCCAGUGUGGCGUCUGUGGACUGAAGUUCAGCCAGAAGACCCACUUUGAGCGACACGCCAGGGUCCACAGCGGAGAGAAACCCUUUUCCUGUGCCUCCUGUGGACAGAGGUUCAACCGGCAGAGCAGCCUGAAGAGGCACAGCACGGUCCACACCGGAGAGGAGACCCUCAGCUGUGGGGGAAACGGUCCACACCACAGGAGAACACGAGCAGAACCAGCAGGUUCUGACAGGAGAACACCAGCAGAACCAGCAGGUUCUGACAGGAGAACGUGAGCAGAACCAGCAGGUUCUGACAGGAGAACGUGAGCAGAACCAGCAGGUUCUGACAGCAGAACGUGAGCAGAACCAGCAGGUUCUGACAGCAUAACACGAGCACAACCAGCAGGUUCUGACAGGAGAACGUGAGCAGAACCAGUAGGUUCUCACAGCAGAACGUGAGCAGAACCAGCAGGUUCUGACAGCAUAACACGAGCAGAACCGACUGGUUCUGACAGGAGAACGCGAGCAGAACCAGCAGGUUCUCACAGGAGAACGCGAGCAGAACCAGCAGGUUCUGACAGGAGAACGUGAGCAGAACCAGCAGGUUCUGACAGGAGAACGCGAGCAGAACCAGCAGGUUCUGACAGCAUAACACGAGCAGAGCCAGCAGGUUCUGACAGCAUAACACGAGCAGAACCAGCAGGUUCUGACAGGACAACGUGAGCAGAACCAGCAGGUUCUGACAGGAGAACGUGAGCAGAACCAGCAGGUUCUGACAGCAUAACACGAGCAGAACCGGCUGGUUCUGACAGGAGAACGUGAGCAGAACCAGCAGGUUCUGACAGGAGAACGUGAGCAGAACUAGCAGGUUCUCACAGCAGAACGUGAGCAAAACCAGCAGGUUCUGACAGCAUAACACGAGCACAACCAGCAGGUUCUGACAGGAGAACGUGAGCAGAACCAGUAGGUUCUCACAGCAGAACGUGAGCAGAACCAGCAGGUUCUGACAGCAUAACACGAGCAGAACCGGCUGGUUCUGACAGGAGAACGCGAGCAGAACCAGCAGGUUCUCACAGGAGAACGCGAGCAGAACCAGCAGGUUCUGACAGGAGAACGUGAGCAGAACCAGCAGGUUCUGACAGGAGAACGCGAGCAGAACCAGCAGGUUCUGACAGCAUAACACGAGCAGAACCGGCUGGUUCUGACAGGAGAAUGUGAGCAGAACCAGCAGGUUCUGACAGCAUAACACGAGCAGAACCGGCUGGUUCUGACAGGAGAACGCGAGCAGAACCAGCAGGUUCUGACAGGAGAACGUGAGCAGAACCAGCAGGUUCUGACAGGAGAACGCGAGCAGAACCAGCAGGUUCUGACAGGAAAACGUGAGCAGAACCAGCAGGUUCUGACAGCAUAACACGAUCAGAACCGGCUGGUUCUGACAGGAGAACGUGAGCAGAACCAGCAGGUUCUGACAGGAGAACGUGAGCAGAACCAGCAGGUUCUGACAGGAGAACGCGAGCAGAACCAGCAGGUUCUGACAGGAGAACGUGAGCAGAACCAGCAGGUUCUGACAGGAGAACGCGAGCAGAACCAGCAGGUUCUGACAGCAUAACACGAGCAGAACCGGCUGGUUCUGACAGGAGAACGUGAGCAGAACCAGCAGGUUCUGACAGCAUAACACGAGCAGAACCGGCUGGUUCUGACAGGAGAACGCGAGCAGAACCAGCAGGUUCUGACAGCAUAACACGAGCAGAACCGGCUGGUUCUGACAGGAGAACGUGAGCAGAACCAGCAGGUUCUGAGCAAAUAUCCAUCAUUUUAGCAUCGUUGCUGCUUUUUAUGGUUUUUUCUGCUCUUUGGAAAUCGGCACCGACUGGCUGGUAAAAGUCGCACCACAGAUGAAUACAUUCUAAACUGUCGAGUGUUUUGAUGAGAUUCUUGUAAAAGUUGGUCACACAUCAGCUGAUCCUUCUAGCAGAAAGAAUCCAGACUGAGGCUUCAGGCUGUGUUGGUUUGCCUCAUGGGCAAAAUAUUUAAAGUAGAUUUAUGUGAAUUAUGUGUCUGAAGGAAACUCAUCAGGAUGUUUAAUAUUCACAACAAACAGGCUUUAAUGAUAAAAAUCAGAAGAAGAAGCAAAGAUCUUUAAUGAUCACAUCACAUAAAAAAACAUUAAAGUUGCAGCACAUUUCCAACCCUCUGAACUCCAGAUGUCUGAUAAACCUGAACUAAACUAAGCCCACAUGUCGGUGCUCCUUCCUGCAGGAUGGUUGGUUGUUUCUUUCAUUGUUGUCAGAUGUUGGGCUCAGAACAGGAACAGUCAACACGGGCUGUGAAUGAAGCUAGGAUUGUAUCCUGUUAGCUUCAACCAGGACCAGCAUGCAUCGGGGCAGUUUAAGACAGAAUGUGAAGCGGCUGGGAUGGGGGUCAGCUCAGUCAAGUCUCAGGUCACGGUUCUUGACCCAGAAAAGUAGAUUGUCCUCCCUGAGUGAGCUGGAGGAAGUGGUCAUCACUCUAAAUCCUAGAAAGCCCAGCCCCCCUACAGAGGUGGCCGCUUUUAUUCAGGACCUGGUUCUUGGGGUCAUGACCCAGAGCUCAUGGCCAUAGGUGAGUAUCAAAAAGAGGAUCAACUGAAUGAUGUAGACCUCCACUUUCUGACUCAGCUCUCUCUUCACUGCAACAGACCGGCACAGCGACCCCAUAACGGCGAACGCCACUUUAACAUGGAUGGAAAACACGUUGGACUUACAGUCAUGUUAACAGGUUCCUGAUCUGGUCAUACAGAGACCUGACGGCCCUCAGUCAGACUCCACACAUCCCACACUUUACAUUUUCUUGCUCUUCUAUUUGAAGUUAGUCCAGCUAGAAAAAGUCGUUGCCAUUAAACUUAAAUACUACAAAAUAUUUCUAUAUAUUUGUACACAAACAAGGAGAGCGAGAGUGAGAGUUUGUGUAUCAUGAAUUAUAUACAUAAAGAAGCCAAAGGGAAAUAUCUGUACUCACUAUUAUUAUUGUAAACCUAAUAAAAUGCAUAUUUUGUUUCUAAAAUAUGUUAAUAAUGGUGUGUAAUCAAAUGCA